GCCGCGGCCGCCUGAGGGGCGGGUGCGCUGCUGGCUGCCGCUGCCGCUGCCGCUGCCCCGCCGGAGCCCGCCGCUGGCCGCGCCGCUGCGUCCGCGCCCGCCGCCGGCCGCCCGCUCCGCACUCCCGGCACCCGGCGGAGAGCUCAGCCGUUCGCCAGAGCAGUGAUUCCCAGGGUCUUCCAGAAAAGGAUCCCGUCUGCAGACACACUUGACCACUGGAGGGGAAUUUUCCUUUUUACAAGAAGAAAAUUCUGGUGGCGAGUUGCCCAACGACAACAGGACCCAGAGCUGUUGAAACAGGCACAGCCCUGUCUCGCUGCAGCGGGUGUUUAUCUUGUAACCCGCAGACAAGAAGAAGGGAGGCAAAUUCCAGCCUUUUAAGAAGCUGUUCGGCAAAAGGAAAAAGAAAGUGACAUCGUCGUCGCGCGAAGCGUUGGGGAAGAAGAGUCACUGUCCCCCCCGGAGUGCCAGCAAUGGGACCUUCUCGUCCGAUGAGGAGAGCGUGGUGGACAGCCUGAGGUCCUUCAAGUGUCCCAUGGGAAGCCGGGCGUUUUCCCAUGACAGUAUUUUUAUCCCUGAUGGGGGAGCAGAAAGUGAGCAGACAGUUCAAGCAAUGUCACAGGACAGCAUCCUGGGCAAAGUCCAGACUCUUCAGCAACAGCUGGGCAAGAAUAUCAAGUUCGGGCAGCGGCCAGCCAAUGCCCUGCCCGUGAGGAAGGCAGACGGUGGAGAGGCCAGCCUUGAAGAGGGUCCCCUCCUGCCCAGGCCCAUGGAAACUCAGACUCCGCGGGACGUCGUCCUCUCUGACACUGAGAACAAGGCCGGCCACACGCCAGGUUCUCCGGGUGCUGUGAACCCGCCAGGAGGGGGAAGCGACAUGGAGGAGAAGGUGGCUCCGGUGAAACCGUCCCGGCCAAAAAGGCACUUCUCUUCAGCCGGCACCAUCGAAAGUGUCAACCUCGAUGCCAUCCCCCUGGCCAUCGCCCGCCUGGACAACAGCGCUGCCAAGCACAAACUGGCCGUGAAGCCGAAAAACCAGAGAGUGUCCAAGAAGCACAGGCGGCUGGCGCAGGAGGCACCGGACGAGCGACACGGCCUUGAGAGCGAGUCCGGCCGACAGCAGAACGGGCACCCCGGGGAGGAGCAGCACGCCUGGCUGCCGGGCUCCGAGGAGCAGCAGAGACACCAGGAGGACUACUGGCGAGAACUUGAGGCCAAGUGCAAGCGGCAGAAGGCGGAGGCGGCUGAGAAGAGGCGCCUGGAGGAGCAGAGACUGCAGGCGCUGGAGAGGAGGCUCUGGGAGGAGAACCGCAGGCAGGAGCUCUGGGAAGAGGAGGGCGAGGCAGCCGAAGGCCGGGCGGAGCGACUGCAGCUAGCAGUGGAGCCGGGCCAGCCGGGCCCUGCACAGCCGGAGGAGGGAGAGGGCCCGGCGGCGGGAGCCCAGAGGCAGCUGCAGGAGGAAGCCUGGCAGCUGGAGCAGCUGGGGCAGGGAGAGGAGCUGGAGACACAGAGGAGGCAGGAAGCCGACAGGCUGCAGCUGCAGGAGCAGAAGGAGCUGGAAGCCGAGAGGCGGCGGCUGCAGGAGGAGGAGGCCAAGCGGCUGGAGCAGCUGCAGCUGCAGGAGGAGCUGGAGGCACAGAGAAAGGAGGCCGAGAGACUGCAGCUGCAGGAAGAGGAAGCCAGGAGGCUGGAGCAGCUGAGGCAGGAGGAGGAGCUGGAGGCACAGAGAAAGGAGGCUGAGAGGCUGCGGCUGCAGGAGGAGGAGGCCAGGCGGCUGGAGCAGCUGAGGCAGAAGGAGGAGCUGGAGGCACAGAAAAGGCAAGAGGCCGAGAGACUGCGGCUGCAGGAGGAGGCCAGGCAGCUGGAGCAGCUGCGGCAGCAGGAGGAGCUGGAGGCACAGAGAAGGCAGGAAGCUGAGAGACUGCAGCUGCAGGAAGAGGAAGCCAGGAGGCUGGAGCAGCUGAGGCAGGAGGAGGAACUGGAGGCGCAGAGGCGUCGGGAGGCUGAGAAGCAGCAGCAGCUGCAGGAGGAGGAGGCCAAGAGGCUGGAGCAGCUGAGGCAGCAGGAGGAGCUGGAGGCACAGAGAAGGCAGGAAGCCGAGAGACUGCAGCUGCAGGAGGAAGCCAGGAGGCUGGAGCAGCUGACACAGGAGGAGCAGCUGGAGGCACAGAGGCGUCGGGAGGCUGAGAAGCAGCACCUGCAGGAAGAAGCCCAAAGGCUGGAGCAGCUGAGGCAGCAGGAGGAGCCGGAGGCUGACAGGGAGCCCGGGGAAGCACCGCCGAGGCCGGAGGAGGACAGACCCCCCCAGCCAGAGGGCAGUGGGGGCCCGCCGAGCCCGCGCGGUGACUUGGGAGAGAAGCGGGAAGAACGAGAAAACCCGGAGGAGCGCACGCCGGAGGCGGAGCCCGCGAACCAGCGGCCCCGCGGGAGCCCGGAUUCCAGGAGCGAGGAAGGGCGCCCUCCGCGGGCCCAGGUGCGAGAGCCGCGGGCCGCGGUGCACCUGGAGGGGGCGGCGGGGAAGGAAGAAGCUGCCGCCCCGGACAAGGGCCGCCGGGUGGAGGAGCUCCGGUGGCAGGAGGUGGACGAGCGGCAGAGCAUGCCCAGGCCCUACACCUUCCAGGUGUCCUCGGGAGGCAGGCAGAUUCUCUUCCCCAAAGUCAACCUGAGCCCCGUGACGCCCGCCAGGGACACCGGCCUAAGCCUCGCGCCCCAGGAGCCCAGGGCGCCCCCGGCGUCGCGCGCGCUGCCCGCAGCCCUGAGCGUCCCGCACACGGCCAUCCUGGUCACCGGAGCCCAGCUCUGCGGCCCGGCCGUCAACCUGAGCCAGAUCAAGGACUCAGCCUGCAAGUCCCUGCUGGGCCUGUCGGAAGACAGGAAGCACGGGGACGUCGCCGCCGGGCCGCCCCGAGCCCCCGGUGACCCCCGGCAGGGCAGCGCCAAGACGCGGCCGCCCCAGGAGCGCCCGGGCAGCGGGGCGGCGCUGGCCGAGUGGGCGUCCAUCCGCUCGCGCAUCCUGCGCGCCUCGGAGGGAGAGGCGCGCGGCGACCGAGAGCCGGCGAGGCCCGGGGACGAGGCCCCGCGCGGGAGCCUGCGCAGGCCCGCGCCGCCCGGCGCCAAGUUCUCCAUCAAGCCAGCCUGGCAGAAGUUCUCAGACGGCGGCGCCGACGGCCCCAGGCCGAGCGUGGAGGCCGAGAGCACGAGGAAGAGACCCGCGCCGGGGCCGCCGCCAGCCACCGCCGCUGCUCCCGAGCCCCGCAAGAGCCCCGAGAGGCCGGGGGCGCCGCCGGAGCCGGCCGACGCCACGGAGGGGUGCAAGUUUGCCAAAGACCUCCCGUCCUUCCUGGUCCCGAGCCCCCCUUACCCUGGGCUGAAAGCGGCGGCCCAUGCAGAGGCCGCGGCCACGUGGAGCAGUGAGGCCGCGAGGGACGUCGCCAAGCCGGAGCCCGCGACGCCGGCCGGGGAGGAGAAGGCCUCGCCCUUCGGGAUCAAGCUGAGAAGGACCAACUACUCCCUGCGCUUCCACUGCGACCAGCAGGCCGAGCAGAAGAAGAAGAAGCGGCGCAGCAGCACGGGAGACGGGGCCGAGGGCGCGCAGCCCGCCGCGCCGAGCCCGGGGGCGGACGCGGAGGCCCAGGGCGCGGCCCUCCAGCGCGGCCCGGCCCAGCCCCCGGAGAGGAAGCCAGCGCAGGUCGCCCGGAGGGAGGCAGCCGGCAGCCACCCUGCGCCGGAGACCCAGGCCGGGGCCCCUCCGGCCCCCGAGCAGGACAAGGCAGCCACCAGAAUGCCGCUGGCACAGAAGCCGGCGCUGGCUCCCAAGCCCGCCAGCCAGACCCCGCCGCCGUCGCCCCGCUCGAAGCUGAGCAGGCCCUACCUGGUGGAGCUGCUGGCGCGCCGAGCCGGCAGGCCGGAGCCCGAGCCCAGGGCGCCUUCCCAGGUGGGCCAAGAGAGCGGUGAUCACGGGCCGCCGUCGCCACCACCCCCUGAGGAAAGGAAGGGGCCGAAGAGGGAGGAGGAGGAAGAGGGGGCGCCGCAGAGGAGCCCCUUGUCCCCACCUGCUCUCGCAGCUCCGCAGGAGCCGCCUUCCCAAGCGCCCGAGGCGGGGAGGAGAGAGAAGCCGGUGCUGCAGAGCAGGCACUCUUUAGAGGGCCCCAGGCCGGCGGAGAAAGCUGAACCCGCGCAGCCGCUGUGGAUCACGCUCGCGCUGCAGAAGCAGAAGGGGUUUCGCGAGCAGCAGGCCACCAGGGAGGAGAGGAAGCAAGCCCGCGAGGCCAAGCAGGCGGCAAAGCUCUCCAAAGAAAACGUCAGUGGCAGCCCGCAGCCUGGAAGCAGCGGCAUCAGCAGAGCGGGCUCCCUGCACAUGUCCACCACUCCCCCAGAUGAGAACAAGCCCGAGACGGCUGUGUCCAGGCUGGAGCGCAGAGAGCAGCUGAAAAAGGCCAGCACGCUCCCCACGUCUGUGACAGUGGAGAUCUCCGACGCGGCUCCCCCCACACCGCUGGUGAAGGAAGUCACCAAGAGGUUCUCCACCCCUGACGCCACGCCCGCGUCCACGGAGCCGGCCUGGCUGGCCUUGGCCAAGAGGAAAGCCAAGGCCUGGAGCGACUGUCCCCAGAUCAUCAAGUAAAGCGGGACUCGGCCCCCCGCCGCCCGCCGCGGCUCCGCUCGCGCCCUUUUUAUUUAUUUUCCCUAGGAGCUGAAGAAACCGGGCUGGGAACUGCAGCAUGUGUUAGGGGCUCUAGAGUCACGUUUAGAGACGGAACCGGCGGUGGUCACUCGACGAAUGUUUGCACAAGCCGAGGGCCUGGUGCCUUGAGCCCCUCCUGGGUGGCAAGAGAAGAGUCCGUCCGGGGGCUCCCCCCACGCCACGCACAACGCUUCCGUUGCCAACCUUCGCCACGGUCCGAUGCUCCGCCCCGAGUCCUUGUCCCCCACUUCGCCGGCCCUGGGCUCGGGAAGGCCCGUGCUCUUGGAGGCAGGGGCUGGGACUCGAGGACCGGCCUGCCCGGCGCCGUGCCCCCGUCCCCCUCGCGGCCGCUCUCCCCACGCGGAGCCGCAGCCCUUCGCACCCUCCUCGAGGGCUCCCGCAGCCUCUGACCCGCGGCUCCCAGGAAGGCGCACUGAGGGUGGCUGCAAGCUCUCGGCCCCUCUCCGGGAACCCACGCCUAAGGUGGGAGGCCCGUCCCAGCCCCUUGGUCCGGUCCUGCGAGGGUGGGCCCGGAUCCCCACGGCGAGGGCUGGUGCGAGCCGCGUGUCAGACUGCAGGGCGGGGAGGGGGCGCAGUCACCCAAAGCCGGAAACUUGCUGGAACCGCCCUGCAAACCAGCCAUGGUCACGGCCAGGACCAGCCACUGGCUUCACGGUCUCCGAAGAUCCCAGCCACAAGGAGCCCUGGAGCUAAGGACUUGAGCGGAAGCUUUGUCUGGACUGUCGUUCGUGCGCAGGAUCCAGGGGCAGCAGCAGUUAUAACUUAGCGCAUUCACCCGGCUACCUUUAAGAACAUCGGAGUUGUAAGUGGCCUUGCUGUCAUCACACACGAGCACACCAAGGGACCUGGCAGGUUAAAAGCCACACGCGGGUACUGUCCCGGGUUUGCUUUACUGGACACAGAGCCCAGCGGCGCCCUCCUCCCCGCCACUGCUGGCGCUGUGUAGUGCACGGGGUUGGCCGCCUCCGCUUCUUAGAUCCUUGCUCCAGUCAGGUGCGUAUCCUGUGCCCGGUGCCGAGGGAAUGGCGUCCUUUCUCCUCCACAGGAACCCCUCGGCUAGUAUCCAUUACUGCUCGCUCUGUGCGGCGAGCGUGCCGCCUUCCAUCACUUACCUCACAGGACGCAGCAGGGCCCCACGUGGGAAGCGCGUUCAUCCUAGCAGCAGCUGCCCCGUGCUGUCUGUUGGACAGCUGCGCUCUGCACGCGGGGCGGAGGGCGCAGCCCCUGGCCCUGCAGACUGUUAGCCAGCUUUGGUCUUCCCUUCGCUGCAGUGGGAAGCACUUCCUGCUGUGCUGCACACUACCCGCAGCGGAGUCCAUUUCUCUUGUGUUGGCAUUCGGAACUCCAGGAUUCCCUCCCCAUUUCGCUGAGUGGGACUCUCCGCGCAGAGCCCCACGCACAGUGCUCUGUGGCUCAUCACUCCAUCCUGUCUGCCCUGGACAGUGUCACUGUGACAGCGGGGAGAGGCGAGGAAGGCGACGGCUCUGUGCUGCCUCAGGCCACGCGGAGCCCGGACAGUGAGGAGCUAGGAGGGUAUCCAAGUUCGUGGAGAGCAGAACUGAGGACUUUUUAUUUCUGGUGCAAGAUAUUUUGAAACCCAUGCAUGCAAGAGAUCUUCAAGAGGUUCGUGGAAAAUGUGUAUUAUGAAAAACUGCAUGGAUUUCAAUAUUUUUUGCACCAAAACAUCUUUCAGUUCCACUUUCCAUGACGUUCUGAGGUGCCCCUGUACCUCAGUUCCUAAUUUCCCGUCUUUAACAGACAGACUGAGGGGAAGGGCAGGGACAGGACUUCCACCAACUUCUGAAGCGUACAUGUUUACCAUUUCAUUUCAAAUUCACCCCAAAUUUGCACUAGAUACCAAUGAAGUGUUAUUUUUCUUUUGUCAUGUUGCAGCCUUUUCUGAACAACAAACUAUGGGGAAAUUCUACAAAAACAUGAAGUUUUGUUUUUAAUGAAUAAAUUGCUAUGUUAAAUACACAAGUUUUUUUUUUUUUUUUAAUUUUAAACAUACACUUCUCCUGGCAAGGUUAGAUGAUCAACCUCUGUUCAUAGACUUACAAUAAAACUAAAGUUUUGUUUACUUUUUUAAGUGCAAUUGUUUCUUAUACAAGCGUUAUUACUCCUAAAUUACCUGCAAAUAUAGUCAGUAUUCAGUGUCUCGUGACAUUUAGUUAUUUUAAAGCAGAAACAGUAGCUACAAGUGUCUUGCAAUAUUUUUACCUACAAUAAAAUUAAGUAGAAAUUUAAAUACCUUAGUGUGAUUUUAAUAUUAAUGAGAUUUGGGUUGUAUAAAGUUUUAAUGUAAAAUGUCCAUUAUUGAAGGGAAAAGAUCUUUCAAUAAAAAAUAUCAACUAGA